AUGUUUCGAUCACAUGAGACCGCUAAGAGUUUGACUUGGCAUGCUGCUAGAAAAUCAAUUGACGGUUAUAUGUCUCAUCCAGCGGAUUCCCCGUCUUGGAAACUUCUUGAUGAUAAAUGGCCCGAGUUUGGUAAUGAGCCAAGAAACUUGAGAUUGGCUCUUUCAUCUGAUGGAUUCAAUCCCCACAGUUCUCUAAGUAGCAGAUAUAGUUGUUGGCCAGUUAUCUUAGUUACAUAUAAUCUCCCUCCAUGGCUGUGCAUGAAACGAAAGUUCAUGAUGUUGACCUUAUUGAUUUCCGGUCCUAAACAACCGGGAAAUGAUAUAGACGUCUACUUGGAGCCUUUGAUUGAUGAUUUAAAAUCUUUGUGGGAUGGGAUUGGAGGAGUGUAUGAUGCACAUAAUGGAGAAUACUUUACACUCAGAGCUGCAUUAAUGUGGACAAUUAAUGAUUUCCCCGCCUAUGGAAACUUAUCUGGUUGUGUUGUUAAAGGAUAUAAAGCUUGUCCAAUAUGCGGCGAUGAUACACCUAGUCACAGGUUGAAAAAUGGCCACAAAAUUUGUUACAUUGGGCAUAGAAAAUGGUUACCGAUCAAUCAUCCAUAUAGGAGGCAACGUGCAGCUUUUAAUGGGAAACCUGAAUAUGGCACGCCUCCUGAGCCAUUAACCGGAGAAGAAGUGCUGCAUAUGGUUGAAGAUGGUGACAGAGUUUGUUGGAAGAAGAAAUCAAUAUUCUUUGAUCUCGAGUAUUGGAAAUACCUUCCUGUGAGGCAUGUCCUAGAUGUUAUGCACAUUGAGAAGAAUGUUUGCGAUAGUAUCAUUGGUACAUUGGUACAUUGCUGGAGAUCCCUGGAAAAAAUAAAGAUGGGAUUGCUGCUCGAUUAG